CAGUGAGUGUGGCCGGCACGUGUGCAGAAGGGAGGGCAGCGCUACAGUAGGACAGUACAGGCUGUUAUUAGCGGAGAUGCCGUGCCACUUACUGUACUCUGGUAUCAUAGCAGUAUAGAGUGGUGUAAUUGAGUCUCAGUGCUGAGGGUGACGGAGAGGCAGCCCCUGUUAUGUAUGACUACAUCGCUGUGAUUGCGCACACAGGGACAGAGCAGUGGGAAGAGGCGCUCAGUUGAAUGGUCGCAGAUCGCUCGUAUCGCACAGACAAGUGUCGGACUGGACUCUGGUUUAAUGUUUGCGAUCCAGCGUGAUUAUUAGCGCAGUAUUAGCGUGUGUGUAACUAGCAGAACCCGUGAAACUGCCCCCUUGCCCCUGGCUGUGCUGUUUUGCCCCGUGUCCUUCCCGGGGGAUGAUUGGCAGUAUGCCCUGAGGCGCACCAUGCAGAAGAGUUUGCGCCUGAACGAAGGACACGCUCUGUACCUGGCGCUACUGGCCCGCAAGGAGGGCAACCAGAGGGGCUUCCUCAGCAAGAAGGCCACGGAGACCAGCAGGUGGCACGACAAGUGGUUUGCCCUGUACCAGAAUGUCCUCUUCUACUUCGACUCGGAGCAGAGCGGGAGACCCUCGGGGGUUUAUUUGCUGGAGGGCUGCAGCUGUGAGAGGGUCAUAGCACCCCUAGUGGCCAGCGGGGGCAAAGACACCAUGGAGAAGCAGCAUUACUUCACUGUUAACUUUGGCCAUGAAGGGCAGAAACCUCUGGAACUACGCUGUGAAGAGGAAUCUGACCAAGAUGAAUGGGUAGAAGCCAUACACCAAGCAAGUUACUCUGAUGUCCUAAUCGAGAGAGAAGUAUUGAUGCAGAAGUAUAUUCAUUUGGUGCAAAUUGUAGAAACAGAAAAAAUUGCUGCCAAUCAACUUCGACAACAGCUUGAAGAUCAAGAUACUGAAAUAGAAAGGCUUAAAUCUGAGAUUGUAGCCCUCAAUAAAACAAAGGACAGAAUGCGUCCCUAUCAAAUGAAUCAAGAGGAUGAGGAUCCAGACAUUAAGAAGAUAAAAAAGGUUCAGAGUUUUAUGCGUGGAUGGCUUUGCAGGAGAAAAUGGAAGACAAUUGUACAGGACUAUAUCUGUUCCCCCCAUGCUGAAAGCAUGAGAAAGCGGAACCAGAUUGUUUUUAACAUGGUGGAAGCAGAGGCAGAAUAUGUGCACCAGCUUUAUAUACUUAUCAACUGCUUCCUCAGGCCCCUCAGAAUGGCAGCAAGCUCCAAGAAACCACCAAUCAGCCAUGAUGAUGUUAGCAGCAUCUUCCUAAACAGCGAAACCAUAAUGUUUCUUCAUGAAAUAUUCCACCAGGGAUUGAAAGCAAGAAUUAAUAAUUGGCCUACUUUGAUUUUAGCUGACUUAUUUGAUAUCCUGCUUCCAAUGUUGAACAUCUACCAAGAGUUUGUUCGGAACCACCAAUACAGCCUGCAAGUGCUGGCGAACUGUAAGCAAAACAGAGAUUUUGACAAACUUUUGAAGCAAUAUGAAACCAAUCCAGCUUGUGAAGGGAGAAUGCUCGAGACAUUCCUUACCUAUCCCAUGUUUCAGAUCCCUCGGUACAUUAUAACUCUCCAUGAACUUUUGGCCCACACACCUCAUGAGCAUAUUGAGAGAAAAAGCUUAGACUUUGCACAAUCAAAACUGGAAGAGCUGUCUAGGAUUAUGCAUGAUGAAGUCAGUGACACAGAGAACAUCCGCAAGAACCUGUCUAUCGAGAGAAUGAUUGUGGAAGGUUGUGAUAUUUUAUUAGAUACAAGCCAGACAUUUGUACGCCAAGGUACUCUCAUUCAAGUUCCUUCUGUGGAGAGGGGGAAACUUAGCAAAGUCCGCCUGGGCCCAUUGUCUUUGAAAAGAGAAGGGGAGAGACAAUGCUUUUUAUUCACAAAGCAUUUUUUAAUUUGCACUAGAAGCUCAGGGGGAAAACUGCAUUUACUCAAGACAGGGGGAGUCCUGUCGUUGAUAGAAUGCACAUUAAUUGAAGAACCAGAUAUAGGUGAAGAUGAAUCAAAGGGCACAGGGUAUGUUUUUGGACAUUUGGAUUUCAAGAUUGUUGUAGAAUCAGUUGAUUCCCCUCCAUUUACUGUGGUUCUUCUUGCACCUUCACGUCAAGAAAAAGCUGCUUGGACAAGUGAUAUCAGCCAGUGUGUAGAGAACAUAAGGUGCAAUGGCUUGAUGAGCAAUGUAUUUGAGGAGAACUCCAAAGUUACAGUCCCACACAUGAUCAGAUCAGAUGCCCGAUUACAUAAAGAUGAUGUGGAUAUCUGCUUUAGUAGAACACUGAACUCAUGCAAAGUCCCUCAGAUCCGCUAUGCAAGUGUGGAACGCCUGUUGGAGAGACUAACUGACUUGCGCUUCCUUAGCAUUGAUUUUCUCAAUACAUUCCUGCACACCUAUCGUAUAUUUACUACUGCAUUUGUGGUGCUUGAGAAGCUUGCUGAUAUUUACAAAAGACCCGUCACUUCAAUUCCUUUAAGAUCCCUGGAACUGUUUUUUGCUACAACCCAAAACAUCAGUGAUGGGAAGUCACCACAUCUCUGUCGCAAGUUAUCCUCACCUCCACCCAUGUCUCUUUCAAGAACCUCUUCUCCAAUCAGGGCCAGGAAACUAUCACUUAAUUCUCCACUGAACUUAAGAAUUGGAGCUUUGGAUUUAUCCACUUCAUCUAGUACAAGCAGCCCUACCUCUGUAUUCAGCCCUGCCACUUCUCCACCUCCCACAACUGCUAAAGUACCUCUUGAUCUUAGUAAAGGACUCUCCUCUCCAGAGCAAAGUCCCGGAUCCAUUGAUGAGAAUUCUGAAAACCCACGCAUUGAUUUGUGUAACAAAUUGAGAAGAAGUAUUCGAAGAGCUGCGGUUUUAGAAUCUGUUUCACUGGAUAGGACAAUUAUUGAGAGCAGCCAGUCUACAGAUACAGCAGAAAAUUCUCCAUCCAGGUCCCCCUCAACUCCUAGACAUCUCCGAUACCGCCCAACAGGAGUGCAGGCAUCUGACAACCAGCGUGGCUGUUCUGUGUCACCAGCCUCUGCCUUUGCCAUUGCUACAGCUGGAGCUGGUCAUGGAAGUCCCCCAGGCUUUAAUAACAUGGAGCGAUUGUGCGACAAGGAGUUUAUAAUCCGCAGAGCUGCAACAAACCGAGUAUUGAAUGUUCUUCGUCACUGGGUCUCUAAGCACGCACAGGAUUUUGAGUUAAACCAUGUAAUAAAAAUGAAUGUUGUGAAUUUGUUGGAAGAUGUACUACGUGACCAUGACCUGCUACCCCAAGAGAGAAAAGCAGCUACUAACAUUUUAAGUGCCCUAUCUCAGGAGGAACAAGAUGACUGCCACCUGGUCCUGGAGGACAUUAUAAAUAUGUCAGAGAGUCCCAGCUCAGAGUGCCUGGAAACCCUCUCUGCUAUGGAACUGGCGGAGCAGAUAAGCCUCUUAGAUCACAUCGUGUUUAGAAGCAUACCAUACCAAGAGUUUCUUGGUCAAGGUUGGAUGAAACCAGACAAAUCUGAGAGGACACCGUAUAUAAUGAAAACUAGUCAACAUUUUAAUGAUAUGAGUAACCUUGUUGCCUCAGAAAUCAUGAAACAUCCCGAUGUCCCAUCCAGAGCUAGCUCCAUUGAGAAGUGGGUGGUGGUAGCGGAAAUAUGCCGUUGUAUGCACAAUUACAAUGGAGUGCUGGAAAUCACAUCAGCCUUGAACAGAAGUGCUGUCUACAGACUCAAGAAAACUUGGGCUAAAGUUUCUAAACAGACAAAGGCUCUAAUGGAUAAGCUUCAAAAGACUGUAUCGUCUGAAGGAAGAUUUAAAAAUCUCAGAGAAACCCUCAAAAACUGUAACCCACCUUCAGUGCCCUACCUUGGAAUGUAUUUGACCGACCUUGCAUUUAUAGAAGAGGGUACCCCAAACUUCACUGAGGAAGGCCUUGUCAAUUUUUCCAAAAUGCGAAUGAUAUCACAUAUAAUUAGAGAAAUACGGCAAUUCCAGCAGACCCCUUACCGCAUAGAGCACCAGCCUAAGGUCACUCAAUUUCUUCUGAACAAGUCUUGCAUUCUGGAUGAAGAUAAUCUAUAUGAAUUGUCCUUGAGGAUUGAACCACGUCUCCCAGCAUGAAGAGAAUUUAAUUGUGUGUUCCCUGUGCAACGCUGCUUUCAACUCACCAUUGGAACUGUGCCCAGCAGAGCACGAGAAGGGCAGAAGGUGAAGCUCAACCCUCAGUGGAAAGCAGCUGCCAGUGGGCAUCUUAUUCCAUCUUGAAUCCAUGUGGAAAGUUAGGAUCUACAGAAAAUGAGCAUUAAGGCUGUGGACUUUGAUUUUGUGACCAUAGGAAACAACUGGCAGAACAUUAAGGUGGCCACUCUGUGGCAGGUUUAGAAGUAAUAUGUGACUUUGAUGUGCAUAUGGGCCAAACCAAGGAUGGUUUCUUAGGGAUGUUCUGCAAGGGAAACAACAUUGGUUGUGCACUGUGGAUAUGCCUUGUUACAAUUAGCAGAACACGUGUGGGGAGAGAGCUGUGCUGGUUAGACUUUCACAGAGGGAACAGCUGGUACCACCUUCAUGAACGUUCAAGGAAAAAGUCCAGGAGAAACAGAGAAAUGUGUUAUUUUCAUAGGUCAACAUUUAUUCAAUGACAUUUAAACUGAUGUAAAUUGUAUAUUGUGCUUGGCCAUUCAUGCUGUUCCGUGUCCCAGAACACUGUGAGUGUAGGACCAGCUGGGGAAGGGAAUGAAUUGAUUUUAUUAAUUUUCUAUGUCCCUUUUUUUCUCGUGUCUCUGAUUUUUUUUUACUGUAAUAUCUUUGUCAGGUUUACACUUGUCACAGUACAUUGAUAUUCCUCUGUUUUACACAAAGAGCUACCGUUGUUUUAUGUCUUAUGUUUGUGCCUUUAUCAUCCAGAUUUUAAAUAUCUGAAUUAACCUUCAGCUUGCAGUUUCAUCCUCAAUCGUGUGCCUCCUUUACUUCUUGCAGCCCCUGCUACAGUUUCUCCAUUUUAGACCCUAGCAGACCCUUUUUUGCAUUAUUCCCCCUUUACUCUGAUGUAUCACAGAGAAACUAGAGAAAUGGGCUGAGAACUGGGACACAACAGUCGGAUAUUUGUGGCAUCAACUUGAGACAAAAUCUACUGUUGCACGGCUGCUGUCUAAAAGCUAAAGCUUUGUCUAAAAAGUAACUAUAGUUUCAUUUGUUGCAGAUGUUUAUGAUAUGCCUCCAUGGACCAUGCUUUUCACUCUUCUUUUCUUACUCUUGAAACAUUGCCAUGAUUUGCAUGCACUGUGUAAUGGAUACAGAUGAAAUUUAAUUUAAAGGUCAAGAUAAAAUCUA